CAUUGCAGCAAGGGUAGCUGCCCGAACUGCUUCAUCCGAAACGCAAGAUGGCAGUCAGUCCUGCAAGUAGGUGCAUUCGCUGGGGCAUUUGUAGUGCAGGACAUAUUUCUAAUAGCUUUGCCAGUGCACUAGGAAGCAUGCCCCCAAUGGAACAUAAGGCAGUGGCAGUCGCUGCGAGAGAUCUCAGCCGUGCUCAAGACUUCGCAAAGUUACAUAAGAUCACUAAUGCUUAUGGUAGCUAUGAAGAAUUAGCCAAGGAUACAAAUGUUGAUGUAAUAUAUAUUGGCACUGCCACACAUGAACACUGCCGUCUGACUCUACUCAUGCUGAACCAUGGUAAACCAGUGUUAUGUGAGAAACCUUUGGCUUCCAACCUCAGAGAAGCCCAGGAGAUGAUAUCUCUGGCUAAAGAAAAGAAGCUGUUCUUAAUGGAGGGGUUCUGGACAAGAUUUUUCCCAGCAUCAUAUAAACUUAUGGACGAAAUUUCAAAAGGCACAAUAGGUGAAGUCAAACUCAUUGAAACAAUUGCUUGCAGGUGCUAUAAAGGAACUGUUCCUGAAAAGUUUGCAAGUCUAGAGUUGUCAGGAGGGGCAGUUACAAUGAUGGGUUGCUAUGGAAUCCAGUAUUGCUCUAUGAUCUUUGGGGAAAGACCUGUGAAAAUAGCUGCCAGUGGUCAUUUGCUGGACUCAGGUGCAGAUGGCCAAACUGUUGUAGUACUGACCUACAGCAAUGGCAGGACAGGGAUUGUCAAGGCAAUGAUUAAUGUAUCAACACCAAUGAACGUUACAGUAUAUGGAACAGAGGGGUCCAUGGAAAUAGGGCCCAUUCAGUGGUGCCCAGUGGAAGUUAAAACGCCAACAGAGACAUUCACUUUCCCAGUUCCAGACACUGCCACAGAAUUAAAGUCUCCAAAUAAGGGGGGUUUUCACUAUCAAGCCGAAGCAGUACGUCAGUGUCUUUUAAAGGGAGAGCUUGAGAACAGCACUAUGCCACAUGAACACAGUUUGUGGAACAUGGAAAUCUUGGAUGAAGUCAGACGUCAACUUGGUGUCCGUUUUCCUGCAGAUGACAAAUACUCUGUAGAUAAAUAAUGCUCGAGAAAAGUGCCAUCUACUUUACUUUUUUCAAUGCUUUAAAAAAGUAUGGUGGAAAAUGAGGUAUUAAAUGAUCAGCUAUAAGCCUCUAUGACACAUACUCCAACAAGACUAAGCCCAGGCCUGAAGGCUUUAUAUAUAUAUAUAUAUAUAUAUAUAUAUAUAUAUAUAUAUAUAUAUAUAUAUAUAUAUAUAUAUGGGUCAUGCAAACUUUCAUGAGGCCAAAAGGAGAGAUGAGAGAAACGACAUGAAAGAGACACUAUAUGUCUUGAAUUGGACAGAUAUCUCUAGCAUGCAAGAAGCUGUCAGGAUUGCAAGCCAGUUGACUGUAAAGCAGUUAUUAAAAAUAAUACUUUACUUGUUUUAACAAACUUUUUUCAUUUAACACAAACUGUGCGGAAAAGAGUGAGAUAUAUGGCUUUCAUGAGCCUAUGUUAUAUUGUUUACUUUUGUAUUUUAAGUAAGUUCACAAAAUUAUACAAAGUAUGAAUCUGACUAGUGAACUGAACCUAAUAUAAAUAAACUGCUACUUUUAUGUGUUAAAUAAACAUAUUUAAAUUUUGCCUUUCUUCAGUUUGAUCCAUGUAUUUUAUCUUACUUGAACACAUCAUGAAUUUUACUGUCACAAAGCAAACGGA